CCAACAGAACACCUACUUUCGGUAGGCUGAAGACGCAUUCGGUCCAAUACAGGCACUAUACUCUCCCGUAUAGCUCACACCCAAUCAUGCUCUACACUUCCUUCCUCACGGCAGUGCUCGCACUCGCCACGUCUGUCACCGCCCAAUGCGGUUCCGGCACACCAGAUGUCACCGUCACAGGAUCAGGAACCUUCACGGUGAAGAAGGGUUCUAGCACGCUGUACACGGGAACAGACUACAAUGCGGCGCUCCAAUCCGGAAUCACCAACACGGCCAGCGGUCAAAGACUCGCCGUGAUAUCCUCGGGCUCCAUUGGCACCAACACGCUUGUACUCAAGAGCGGCAUGACUUUCGAAGGCUGUGGCACAAUUAACGUAGGAAACCGAGCUGGUCGCGGCAGCAUCGAGAUCACAAACACGCAAGGCGUCAACGUGCCAUAUCUCAGCAUGACCGGUAACCCCUACUUUGGCGUCCGCGUCUACGGAUCUAGAGAUCUGACCUUCGGCGCCAUCACCAUGAACCUCUCCGGAGGCCUCGGCAUCCGCUUCGACCGCGACCAAGCCGCUAACUCCAACGUCAAGAUGAACACCGUCAGCAUAACAGGUGCGGGUAGCCAUGGUAUCGAGACAUGGAACAUCGCCGGCUUCAGCUUAACCACCUUCACUGGUCGCAACAUCGGCGAAUGCGGGUUGCUCAUGCAGACCACGACAAACGCCCGCGUCGGAACGGUCGAUUGCCAGAACUGCGCAACUGGAAACGGCUACGCCGCCCUCCGCUUCGCCAACCAAAACGGUAAACUCAACGGUGGAUACGGAACGAACGUUUACGUAGACCGCCUGAUUGCCCGAGGCGGAGGUCGCGGAUUCUUUUGUGUCUCCGAGUCCGGUGGUGCGGAGAUCAACAGCGUGGAUAUCAGCAACACGGGCAAUAACGCCAUCUUGAUUGAGAACUGCUACGGUGUCAACAUCAAGAGUGGGACUGUCAAUGGCGGCGGUGAAGUGCGUAUCUCGGCGCGGUCUGAGUUUGCGAAUACUAGGGAUAUAUCGUUGACGUUGAGGGUGGACAAUACGUCUGUUAGGGAGUCGCCUUGCGGAACUAACAUGCGCUUCUCCAUCACUGGAAAUGCGCAGAAGACGCUUUGCUAG